AAAUAAUAAAAAUAUGAAGAAAUAAAUACAAGCCAUAUAAAACAAGUCAAUGAUAAAAAGCAACAAAAAUACCCCUUACAAGAGACGCAAGGCAGUAAACAAGAAACUUGGAUUCGCUUCGGCAACAGGAGACUCGAGUAGUAUAGAGAACUGGACUCCUUGCAUUCGGUAUCUUAAGGGAUCUAUGCAAUCGAUAUCAGUGUGAUUGCCUCUGUUGGUAGACUCGCCGUACAGUCAGCUGAGGGCAGGCUGGCGGACGAGCCGGGCCUGCUGUGAAAUUUGGCAGCCCAGCAGUAGUGAUGAGCGAGCCCCAGCAAACAGACAUCUGUGCCACUCCUCUCCACUCACUGACUCGGAAACUAACAUAGAUUCUUAUAUAUUUUUACCUGAAAUUUAAAGGGGGAGGGGACUGUACUUGUGAAAAGGAGUGGAUAAAAACAAUCACCACCAUGUCCAUCAUAAUAGACGAGGAGGAGUUUAAGGCCAAGCUCAUCGGGAACAUGAAGAAGGAGGUGAAGCAAAUAAUGGAGGAGGCGGUGACAAGAAAAUUUGUGCACGAGGAGAGCAGCAGCAUCACCUCCCUGUGUGGUGCGGUGGAGGCUUGUCUGUCGCACGGGCUCAAGCGGCGCACACUGGGCCUCUUCAAGACUUCCUCCACCACUGCUCUCAUUCACAAGGUCAGCAAGAGUUUCUCCCCGGCAGCCACCGUGUCCAAGAUAGUCCAGGAGAUUGAGAAUUCCGACGCUGGAAGGAGGAGUAGCGGCAGCGGGGACUCUACUUCGCGUCUGGGGAAGCCGCCGCUCGUUAAAAAGAACUCCGGCUCCAUGUCGGGAUGUCCGAGCUCCCCGCGCUACCUGUGGAUCCGCGUGGCGCUCUUCGAGAAGGUGCUGGCCAAGAUAAUUGAUUACCUGGUGCAGAAUAGCAGCAAAUACUACGAGAAAGACUCCCUUGUGGCGGAUCCUGACUAUGGCACCAUCCUAAGUUCCCUUCUGGUUGGUCCCUGUGCCCUCGACUUCAGCCGCAUGAAGACGGCGGACCAUCUGUGGACGGACCCUCCUGCUGACGAGUUGGUACAAAGGCACAGAAUCUCCUCGGGACACCUCUCUGGUCCAGCCACGCCCCCUGUGCCCCGCCGCCCCGGCCUGCAUGAUGCAACUCAAGGAGGAAAAUCGAAAUACCGUAAACCCGUGAGCUGCAACAGUGAGGAGGUGGGCACGGUGCCUCCCAGAAGUGUGCCCCUCAACGCCAGGGAUUACGUCGAGAGCCUCCACCAGAAUAACAAGGCGACGCUUCUCUACGGCAAGAACAACGUCCACGUGCAGCCAAAGGAGCAGAUGGAAGCCAUGCCAGGCUACAUGUCCCUACACCAGACUACUGAAGGCCUCGUCAUCAAAUGGACUCCCAAUCACCUCAUGAAUGGCUGCUGCCCAGACACCACAGAGGACAAAAGGUGUGAGUGGCGUCGCCAUAGUCUGCCCUGCCUCUCAGAACUCCAUACCCUGCCCCAACCCCCCUCCUUCCUGCGCCGCUACUCAGAGACCCCUCAUUCUAUCUACUGGGAAUACGCUCUCAAUGUGCGGGUGGAGGAGAUUGUCUACGUCCACUGCCACCAGCAAGGAGACUCAGGAGGAACCAUUGUAUUGGUAGGGCAGGACGGUACACAGUACCCUCCUAUCCACUUCCCUCGUGGCGGCCACCUGCUGGCCUUCCUGUCCUGCUUGGAGAAUGGCCUGCUUCCCCACGGCCACCUGGAUCCUCCCCUGUGGUCCCAACGAGGCAAAGGCAAAGUGUUUCCUAAGCUGCGGCGAAAGGCUCGGGCACUGGCAGGGCGGCAACAGGCAGACAGUGAUGACGAUGAGGCUUCAGACUAUGUGUUCAGGAUCAUCACCUCCCUCAAGCCAGACAGAAUCACCCAUGGUGAGCUGAUGUCCCCGCUGCUGAGGAGUAGUGCUGGCUGGCUUCCACGUGUUCCCAAGCUCUCCUCACACUCCUCAUCCACCUCCUCCUCAAAGUCUCUCAGCCUUGGGGACUCCAUCAGUGAAACCCUUCCCCCACCUCCCACACCAAACCCAAGCCUGGACGUGCCACUCCCCCCCACUGAAGAGAGCAAGGAGGAGAAGAACACACUCAAUAAGAUUGAGAAAAACAGUGACUCGCUGGAGAUUCUGUGUGCCACCAUGAAGCACCAGAUCAUAUCCCGGGCCUUCUAUGGCUGGCUGGCCCACUGCCGUCACCUGAGAACAGUGCGCACCCACCUGGCUGGCCUGGUUCUGCCCUCUGCUGCCACCCCUCCCCAUGUGCCAGUGUGGGAGGAGGGUGUGACAGAGGAGGCAUGGGAGGCCCUGCACUCAGAUGGCUGCCUCACUAACCAGGAGGAACUGUUGGCUCGGGUGUACCUGGGAGGGGUGGCUCAUCCCAUCAGAAAGCAGGUGUGGCCAUACCUCCUGAACCACUACACCUUUGGCAGCAACUCAGAGCAGCGCGCAGAGCAGGACCGCCGGAUACGUCAGACUUACGAAACCACAAUGUCUGAGUGGCUGGCCGUGGAAGCCAUCGUGCGGCAGCGAGACAAAGAGGUGAUGGCCAUGAACAUGCUCAAGUUGUCUUCUGAGUCACAAAAUGGAGAAAUUCCACUGGUAUUUGAACCCGACACCCUAAGUAUUGGAUCUGUGGACAAUCCAGGCACAGUUCACGAGGAGGAGGAAAAUUCAGCUUUUGACAGCUCAUGUCCAAGUAAAGAUGUGAUGGAGAAUAACAGAAAUAGAGUCAGUAACAGGGAGGGUGUGGAGUCGCCUCACACCAGGAGUAAAGAGAACUCUGUGGAGGAUGAUGGAGACUUCUCGGAGAUGGUGUAUGACAAGGAGAAACUGAGACAGGAGAGCAAGGAGAGUGAUACUGCCGAGGCUGCCAAUCAUACGUGUGUGAUCACCCCUGACGAGGGUGUGGAGGAGGGACAGGAGCCAGCCAGCCCUCAGAAUGCUACUGAUGACACAGCAGCCAGUGUUAGUGCCUCGUUCACCGUGGAGACUUGUAACCCCCCCACCACCACCCCAGUUAUAGUUAGCAAAGCCUCCCUAGACAGUGGCAGCCACUCUGACGUAGUGAAUGGUGCUGAGGAAGACACUGCCAUAGAUGAGGAGGUACGGCACAUCACAGAGAAUGGGGAGGAUGAGGAGGAAGGCUGUGUCAAGGACGAUAUCACUGAAAAUGGAAGGAGUGAUGAGGACAAGAACAUGGACACGCUGGCGGUGGAGGACAGUCAGGAUGGCCACAGUGUGGAGUCUCGCUCCUCCUGCAUAUCGCCGGCCUCCUCCCAGGGUGGUGUGUACUCGACGGAGUUACUGGACACGUUUGGCCUGAACCUUCACCGGAUAGAUAAGGAUGUUCAGAGGUGUGACCGCAACUAUUGGUACUUCACUCCUGACAACCUAGAGAAGCUGCGUAAUGUGAUGUGCACAUAUGUGUGGGAGCACCUGGACACAGGCUACAUGCAGGGGAUGUGUGACCUGGUUGCUCCUCUGCUUGUUGUCUUCGAUGAUGAGGCUGCCACGUACUCCUGCUUCUGUCAGCUUAUGGCCCGCAUGUGUCACAACUUCCCCAAUGGUGGAGCAAUGGACCAGCAUUUUGCUAACAUGAGAUCACUAAUUCAAAUCCUGGACUCUGAGAUGUUUGAGCUUAUGCACCAAAAUGGAGACUACACACACUUCUAUUUCUGCUACCGGUGGUUCCUUCUUGACUUUAAAAGAGAGCUGGUGUAUGAAGACGUGUUCCGGGUGUGGGAGGCCAUCUGGUCUGCCCGGCAUGUCUCUUCAGCUCACUUUGUGCUCUUCAUUGCCCUGGCCCUUGUUGAGUACUACCGGGACAUCAUUCUUGACAAUAACAUGGAUUUCACAGAUAUUAUAAAGUUCUUUAAUGAGAUGGCUGAGAGGCACGAUGCCAAGAUUGUCCUCCACACAGCAAGGAACCUCGUCCUUCAACUCCAGACAUUAAUUGAGAAUAAGUAAACUUUGCAGAGUACUUUUAUGUGCCAAAAUUGUCAGCCUUGCUCUGCUUCCUGUUGUGUACAUCUUCAAGAUAUGUGUGGUCAAGUGAAGCAGCAAGAGUGAGAGUUGGUAGUGGUUGUGUGCUGUUGUGACUCUUAUGCAAGAUGGAAGAAACUCAGGCCAACCUAAGAGAGUUUGUCGUCAUGUCAAGGUUUGGGAUCAAGGUAACAGAUAAUGAUUUAUACUUCUAGUCAGGCCAUGAAUUUGAUCCUUAUUGAAAGCUGACUCAUUGCCCAAUAUGUAAUAAUGCAGUGGAUUUAGUUCAUAUGCAUGUAUGUUAACAUUUACAUACAUAUAGUUAGAUAGAUAAAAUCUAUAUUAUAUAGAUAAUAGUUGAAAUUCUUUAUCAGAUUUUAUAUAGAUGACCUAUAUUUCUUUGAAUGUUGAAUGUAUUUAAUAUAGUUUGAUGUAAAGUAUAAACUUUUGAAAGUCAAAGUCUAUGCUGCUAUAACUCAGAGAAAGUAUUUAUUGAAAAUUUUACUAGUUUCUGCCAUACGUGUAAGACUCAGUGUUCAUUUGACACGGCUCUUACCGGCAAGAGUACACAUGUCAUGGCGGCUGACGUGAGGCAGGAGGGAGUGACAAAGCCCCCGGCACCGUGCCAGUGUGGCAGCAGCACCAGACCCUCCAGGGCCUGUCACCUCUGUGGCAAACUAGAUUACAUAUAUAUUUUUUUGUACAAUGAAUACUGUCCUGAUCAUUUAUUUACUGAUAUAUAUAUAUAUAUAUAUAUAUAUAUAUAUAUAUAUAUAUAUAUAUAUAUAUAUAUAUAUAUAUAUAUAUAUAUAUAUAUAUAUAUAUAUAUAUAUAUAUAUAUAUAUAUAUAUAUAUAUAUAAUGAGUAACAGAUAUGCACAGAUGUUUCAUCAUAAUUGCCCUCCUCAUCACACUGUCCUCCUGGCCAGCUAUCAUUUCUACCUAUUUUUUCAUCAUAGCUGAUUAAAAAUUAGUGACAGGUCAUACUUACUUUUCUAUGCUGUGCCACUUUCCUCUUGAGACAAAUGUGAGCACAACCACAGGGUUACAGCUGAACCUCUGUCCUGUGUGGCCUGUGGUGUAGGGGAUGCCCUGAGUCUGGGCCAGUGGUGCUGAGCAGAGGCAGGUGAAGCUCCUCCUGUCAUGGCCACCCACUCUACGGUACCAGCUUAGGUUGUGUUGGUAUACAUAAUCACAUAUUUUUGUUUAGUCAUGGUGAGGAGCAUUAGUAAUCACUGAUUAUUAGUACAAUUAAAUUAAUAGGUAGUUAAAGUGAGAUAUGGUUAUGGUCUGGUCUCCAUUUUCAUAUCAAACUGAAACUACAGAAGCUGUUCCAGAUAUGAGGAAAGUAAAGACAGUCAUAAUAAUAUAGAUAUACAUGUAUGUAUGAGUUAACUUCUUCCAGCCAUCAGAUACAAUAUUUGCAUCCUUUGCAACCCUUACUCAAAAAUUACAACCACUGAGGAAACCACAUUCACAUUAUAUGUAUUUAGAUUUUUUUUUUCAACAUCACAAACCUUCAUAAAGUGCUAUCCUCUAACAAGGACAUAACACCAAGUAUCAUAUACUAAACACACAUCAGAACUGUCAUCAUGGCUUUCUUAUAUUUACAGCUGUGUGCUGCCAGUAUCAUUGUGGCAGCAGUUCAUAGUAACUGCUACUAUGUAGGUUCACAUUCUGUAUCUGGUACCAAGAAAAAUUGUCACAUGAUGAAAAGCCUAACAAAGUUGUGAAAAUACCAAAUUUUAUGCAUGUCAUACCUUCUGUUAUGUGAAGGUCCUCAACAAGCAUCUAGAUCUGAGGAGAAUAGUCAUGAGCAUAAGAAAGUGCAUUACCAAGCUGUGAAAGUACCAGAUUUCAUUUAUUCAUGCAUGCUCAUUGUGAACUGAGAAGAUAAACUUAUAAAAAAUGGAGAUCCUGCUCUACCAGUCUCCAUCCUUCCCUUUGAAUCAUAAAGUUUGUUAGCAUGCAUCCCCCUCCAAUGAGAUCUGAUGCUACUGGAUCUUGUAGGAGAGUGAGUGCUUCUCUUUACAUUUAUCAGACUCAAAGUAGAGGAUGGCUGUGUCCCAUAGUUGAAGGGAUUGGGCCCAUAUUAUUAAACAACCCUUUCUCUUGUUAGGUGAAAAUUUGCAGCACUUAUUAGGGAUGAUUGUUCCUUUGCAGACUCUGAAUGGAAGUUGGAAUUUACUUAGUAAUCCAACUGUUGAUCUUUGGUAAUGUUAUGUUAGGAAUAUUUGAGGUAUAGGAGUCAGACACCCAAAAGUUUUUUGUUAAUCUGUUGCAGUAUCAUCAACAUGAGAGCUUCUUAUUGAUGAUUGCAUUAAUUGAUUCCUUUAAUUAUCAUACCAGCAGCAUGGAGCAUAUAUGUUUUAUCUCAAUCUUUUGAGUUGAAAUGUAUAUCUAUCAUUAACAUUUUGUAACUGACAUGAUAUCAAAAUGGUAAUUUAUAUCAUUAUAUCAUUUUAUUGAUAUAAUUUUCUGUCAGUUUUAGAGUGGGAGUCUCAGCUUAUUUAAACAUUAUUUAAUUAGCACUUUAGUGAAUGCUUAUUAACACUGUCACAAUUUGCUUUUCUUAUUGACAUGUUUUUGUCUGCCAGGGAGCACGAAGGCCGAGGCAUUCCUGUAUAGCAUUCCCAGCAUGUGAGGAAGGACACUUAAUAUUGGGUCACAAGUGUUGGAGACUUAAUUGCUUAUGUCUUGUAUGAAUGGUGUGUGACUCGUAAUGGUGGGUGGACUAUAGUAGUCAUCAUCUCCUGCUAGAUUCUGAGGUUCUGAAUCUUCCUCCCUAAGUGUGUGGGAAUUGAGGUUGAACAGCACUUGUGAGGGAUGAGUUGUAGUGUGUAAAUUAAAUAUGUGAUGUAAUCGCAAAGAUAAAGAAAAACAGAAAAGAGUGACAUUAAGAUUGUUUUACAUUGCAUUGAUCUGCUUGUUUUUACUCUGUCACACAAAGCACAUCAAGGGCCCCAAGUCUUUUUUCCUCAUGUUAUGUAUUAUUUCAUAUGAUGUUACAUUGAAAUGGGUAAGCUUUACACAUUUUUGUAAUUAAGGACUGUAUUUUCAAAUGUUAACACAUUUUAUAUUGACUUCUCUUAACAGGCUGUAGUGGAUAUUAUUAGAGUUUUCAAAGAUGUUUUUGUGAUUCUAGUGAAAGGUUAAUUAAGAUUUGAUAUCAGCAACAAGAAAGAAAAAUGCAAGAGAACCCAUCUAAUCUUAUCUAUGACCUUCAAAUAUGUAUAUAUAUAUAUAUAUAUAUAUAUAUAUAUAUAUAUAUAUAUAUAUAUAUAUAUAUAUAUAUAUAUAUAUAUAUAUAUAUAUAUAUAUAUAUAUAUAUAUAUAUAGUUAUUAUGUUUCUAAAGCACUUAAGAAUACAAGAUUAAAUUAUACUACAAAGCCUUGUGGAGGUAAAUUUGAAUGGUAGAUAUGCAGAGUCAGGCUGGACUUUCCUAUGCAGAAGUCCAAAAUUCAAACAGAAACUUGUAUCUUCAUGCUAUACUUAAAAUACCACAUUUCUAACAUGAAAGGUUUGUUUUAUUAUUUUAGUAUUUAUGUAAUGUAUAUUUUAACACUAUAUGUGAACUCAUAUAAUAUAUACAAGAAUGAUGUAUUUGGACAGCUUCAGUUUUUCUUUAUGGACAUGCUUGAAUAAUUGAUCACAAGUUUUCAGUGUUGUGUUUACUCGUACAUUUACCCAAAGCAGUGAUCUUGUAUUCUACAAAAUGUUUCAGACAAAAAAAAUAAGUCUUUGCCAAUCAUCUCCACCUUUUACAUACCCAAUUCAUCUUGGUCUUUGGAGCUCAUAAUAUAAAGCAGUUAAUUUGUUCAUUUAUUCAUUUCUGCUCAAAUUAUAUGUAUGAAAUUCAUUGGACCUUGUAACAUCACUUCUUUGGAUGAUUGUUCCUUUUAUCAUCAACCUGUAACAAAGUCAUGCAACCACAAAGGAGAGAAAUUAUAUUAUAAGUUGAGGAAUUUAUAAGCUUUCUGCUUCAAGAGAGGUCUUCCAGUAAUUCUAUAUGUGUAUUGUUGACAAACAUUUGUAAUAAAGUAACUCCUCUCAAAAUCCUACCAGGAAUUAGGACGGUUUCCCAGCCUCACCCUUCACCACCUCAUGGGAGCAAAGGAUCACAGGACUUAGGACAUUUAGCAGCCUCAUCACCACUCCAUCAAGAGCAGGCAUCUUGAUGGUCAUCCAUAUAUUCAUCAUAACAUGGUUGUAUUUGUGUCACCUAGUUUGAAGGUCUGUUUGAGCAUAAGCCAUAGCAACCAACCAAUAUCAAGAGCUGUAGUCUGUAGCCAUUGUCAGUGACUUGAUCAAUAGCCAUUGUGACUAUUUCUCAUAUACAUACUCUGCAGUUUAAGCACAAGUCUCACAGCAGCUUUGUCAAAGAGCAUGCUGUAUUUAAUCCUCUUAAUAUUGCACUUUGUCAGCCAUUCACGCAAAGAUGAUGUCCAUGAAAAUGUGAUAAUAUAUAUAUGUCCAGCUGGGCUGUGUACUGGCCACUUAGGACAUGCCUGGUGGUGUCCCUCCUGCUGGCCAGUGCACCAAGACUGCAGCAGUGGACUGGUGCAGCACCAGGGACCGUAUUCUUCAUAAAGUUAUGACAUGCGUCAUAGCUGUGGCAGAUGUGUAUUAUAACUUAGAAUAUCUAUCUUAUUCGUAUAUCAUAAGUUAUGAUGGGUGAAACUGUUUAUCAUAACUGUUUGCUAUAUGUAGCGCUUACUUGGUUUCAAAUACUAAAAGAUGAAGCAAAAGCUGCCAUUUGCUGUUAAUUUAUAGCUUCUAUAAAUAUUUCUUUCAUUUUUAUGUAUUGGGAGAAGAGACACAGUGGGUAAGAUAGCAAUUCAGUCUUUGAAAUAUGGUAAAUGUGAUCCUGUAGGAACACCUCAAUGCAAACAAACAGUGUUCGAAUGGUUUGGUGGCAAGGAAGGCUCUCUUGAUGAUCCCCAAGAUCACCACUACUACACAAUUGCAUUUUUCCCAGCAGCAAAAUAUCCAAGUGUUGUGAUCACCUUGAUUUCAGGGUUAAGUGGAUUUCUCCUUCCUGUCACUCUGCUAGGCUUCCCUCACUAGAUCAGUAACAAAGAGAAUACCUGCAUGGUCUAAACAUUAUCUUCUGAUGAGUUUCAUAUCACUAAGUUCAUUCAGUACAGCCUAUCUGGGUAAAUAAUUCUUGAGCUAGAGAUGAUGUAGGGCAGCCAUCUUGGCUGUGGGGAGUGUCUGUCAUAAGCCACUAGAAUAGGGUGGACCCAGUCUUAGCAUCCUGCGCAGAUAUAUGACAUGUGCACAGUUUAUGACAAGAAAGCACCAUUUUGUCUUAGCUAUGACACAUUUCAUAGCUUAGACUUGCUAGGACUGCUUCAUGAAUACGGGCCCAGAGCUUCACCAUGUCCAGGACACACUGUGCUGGAGAAUGAGUGUGAAGCAGAGAAACAUGCAUCACAGUGUAGCAUUGUGUACACUUGUGCUUGAUUAUCCCACAUUAAGACAUGUUCAGGAAGCAACUAAUAUAUGUCUAAAUAAUUCAAAUCAUGACAGAAGUAAUGGGAAUGUUCCUCUACUUUAACUAAAGAAAAUGUCAUGAUUGUUAUGAUGAAUUGAGAACAGUAGCAGGUGCCAGUGAAAGCAUCAUGAUGACUAAACAAUUGUUUGCAGAUUAUGUUAUAUUGAAAUGUUCAGCAGAACUGUACAAGAGUGUAACAAUAUAUAUUUGCCAUGUCAUUCAUUGUGUGUGUGUGUGUGUGUGUGUGUGUGUGUGUGUGUGUGUGUGUUCUAAUGCCAGUGCACAGCUGAGCUCCUCCCAGCAGCACAAAACAUUGGCUCAGCAAUGCUUGUCGUCCUGUGCUUGCAAAGUACUGCAGCCUUUUCAACUGUAUGGGUUCCAAUAUAUAAUAUUUUGCAAAUUGAUUCCUGUAUUUUUUUAUAGCUUGUGUUCAGUGUGCAAGAAAAGUUUUUACAUGUAUCCAUGUCAGAUGUAUCAUGUAUAAUUGAUUUAUUUAACAUAUCAUUUAAGUGCCAUGUAUGACUGUCACCGAGCAAAGUAAAUCCUUACUUGUU